AUGUUACUCCAAGAAGCGUGGGCUCAAGAUUUAAAGUGGGAUGAAGAAUGGAACGAGGGGAAAAGUACUGAAGUAUUUAAGUGGUGUAGGCAAAUGGCAUCACUUUCUAAUAUCAGAAUUCCUAGAUGUGCAAUAAUCUGUUCAGCAGAAUUGCAACUCCACGUCUUCACCGAUGCAAGUAGAGAUGCCUAUAGUGGGAUCGUGUUUGCCAGAUGUACUGAUGUUCAGGGAGAGGUCAGUAUCCAGUUAUUAUUGGCCAAAGCAAGAGUAGCUCCACUGGAGAAGAAUCCCGAGAAACAGAAGAAUGGCAAUCAAAUUUCCAUCCCGAGAUUGGAAUUGCUGGGAUGUUUAUUAGGAGCUCGUUUAGCAGACACGGUCAGAAAAUCAAUGGAAUAUGACGACAUUACGACCGUGUACUGGUCCGACUCAACACCAGCCCUGGCGUGGAUCAGAAGAGACGAAUAUUGGGGAACUUUUGUCGGAAAUCGUGUGCGACAAAUUCUGAAAUGUUCAAAGAAGGAAUUUUGGCGUCACGUCCCUGGAAAGAUGAACCCUGCAGAUCUUCCCUCAAGAGGCUGUCCACCAAACGAGUUAUUGGCAUCCAGAUGGUGGGAGGGACCAGAAUGGCUGCGCCAAAAUCCAGAAAAUUGGCCCUGUGGCGCCGACGCCCUAGAUGACGAAGAGAUCCUUGCAGAGAAGGAAAAGACUUGGGUGAAAGUGGCAAAAUUUAAAGAAAGUUCCAAGCCCAAGUUUCAUUCGUACUACAAGAAUGUUCGGAUUGUAAGCUACGCAAUACGGAUCCUGAAAGGCAUGGAUCAAGAAAAGCUGAGCGACGCCCUUACAGUAUUAGAACUGAGGCAAGCAGAAAUAGCAAUGCUACGAAUAAUCCAGUCAAGAUAUUAUUCCAAUCCAAGGAAACUUCAAUUGCGAGUGGAGAAGAUGGAAGAUGGACUUCUUCAUAUCAAGACAAAGUUGGAGUACAAAGAUGACACCGAAGGUUUCCGGUACCCGAUAUUGUUACCUCAAGACUGUCCAUUAAUUCAAGAGCUGAUCCGAGAAGUACACCGUAUGUAUUCUCAUGGUGGAAUCCAGUUCACGUUGACGAAGCUCCGAGAAAAAUACUGGAUCCCGCAGGGAAGAAGGACCGUGACGAAGGCCCUGAGGGAAUGUCUUGCAUGUCGAAAACAAGACCCUAAGCCCUUGCAAGUCAACCCUGUGGCACUGCCGAAGAAAAGAGUGACCACAGGAGAAGUGUUCAGCACAACUGGCGUGGAUUUGGCUGGUCCAUUGUACUUAAAAGACAGGAAGAAAGUGUGGAUCGUGCUAUACACUUGCGCCGUGUACAGAUGCGUCGCCUUGGACUUGGUGGAAUCUUUGAGCUCUGAAGCAUUUAUCAACUCAUUGGAGAGAUUUAUCUGCACCUAUGGGCGUCCAAACACACUGUACUCGGACAAUGGGACAAAUUUUGUGGGUGCUCACUCGUUUUUCAUGAAGAUGAAUUGGGAGAAAGUAGAACGAGCAAGCCACGUGAAACAAAUUCAGUGGAUAUUUAAUCCUCCCACUGCUGCCUGGUGGGGAGGAUGGUGGGAACGCCUUGUAAGAUCAGUGAAAGACCUUCUUCGUCGAAUGUUGGGAAAGGCGUCACUGACUCGAGAUGAGCUGACCACAUGUUUGAGUUCGGUAGCAGCAACAAUUAACGACCGACCGUUGACCACUGUGACCGAAGAUGAAGAAGAUCUCGUCGCCUUAACACCAGCAAUGUUUUUGAAGGGAACUAAGUUGACCAGAUUCCCAGAAGCGGAAGUGAUGACAGGAAAAGAACUCCAAGUUCGCUUCAAACAUGUUAAGAAGUUACAACGAGAUUUACAGUCCAGAUUCCGGAAAGAGUAUCUCGCCGAGUUGGUACAGAAGGCCAGCGAGAAGAGGACCCAAGACCCCCGAGUUGGCGACGUUGUCUUAGUAGGAGCCGACAACAAGAAGCGUUUGGAGUGGCCUUUGGGUAGGAUCAUCAAGUUGAAUCCGGGAAAAGAUGGAGAGGUGAGGUCAGGUCUUGUGAAGACAGCCAAAGGAAUUUUGUCAAGACCUCUACAGCGUCUCUAUCCUUUGGAGAUCCCGUAUGAAGAUCAAGAAAUGAUGAAAGUUUCUCCUGAGAUUUUGAUGGAGAACUUUGAUGAAGAAUCAGAAUGUUUGGAAGUGGAGGAACCGGAAGAAACUCAAGUCGAUCAAGCAGAACCGGAAAUUGCUACCAGAGUAGGCCGGAAGGUGAAGAAACCACAGCGUCUUGGAGUGUUCAGUGCUCAUUAUUAA